AUGGAGGGUGAGUGUUUUGACUGGGCCUUCAACAUUGAACUCGGCGAACGUCACAAGAUUGACGAAAGGGAGCAAGCUGUGCCUGGUGUGGAUUGCUUAGAUUGUGCUGUCUUGCUCUGGCUUCUUAUGGCUCCGCUGACCGCUCUCUUAUCCCCCUCUCCUCUCUUCGCCCUUCCUAUCGACUCGCCUCUGCAGACGAGGUUGCCGCCGUAAGUGUCGAUGAGGUGGUUUGCUCUCUGUAUUGCAGCCGCCCGAUACAUGCUUGCUUAUUCGUGCCUUCAAAUCUGACGUCUCUCUUGCUUGUCCUGCGCUUGGUCAUUCAGCUGGUCAUUGACAAUGGCUCCGGAAUGUGCAAGGGUGAGUCAUUGCUGAUCACGCUUUGGACAGCUAUCGUUCAAGCACCAUCUGACUAACCUUCUCACCUUUGUUUCGCUCUAUCCGUAGCUGGCUUCGCCGGCGAUGACGCCCCUCGCGCCAUCUUCCCGUGAGUGGCGAUGUGGGUCUCAAAAGCCGGUGCCAGGAUCGUGAAGGAGGCACAGCUGCAGUGUACGAGUGCUGCCAUGAGACCAGCAAGGGUGAACUGGAGACUAUCAAGUCAAAGAGCAGAGGCCGCUGCUGGGUGCUCUCCCCAGAGCCACGGCUGCUCCUCGUGGGCCUCAGGCAAUGCUGGCAAACCCUUCGGCGCACGCGGUCUGCUCUCUGCGUAUGGCCAAGUCAAGAGCCGCUUGUGGGGAGCACGGGGGAGACAUCGCGCAUUUGCGCGAAGCCUGGAUGCUUAUACGUCAAGAUCCGCCUUUGCGCAGAUCCAUCGUUGGACGCCCUCGCCACCAGGGUGUGAUGGUUGGAAUGGGCCAAAAGGUGAGUUCAGACGUCGAUGAGGUCGAUCAGCAGCGAGAAGGAGCGUCGUCGAUGCCCAGGAAGUCUGAGGGCUCUGGCAUGAGCAGUUGGAAAUGAACCAGAAUGCUGACGCCCGGCUUGGUCGUUCCGUCGAACGAUGCAGGACUCUUAUGUCGGCGACGAGGCUCAAUCCAAGCGUGGUAUCUUGACUCUCAAGUACCCAAUUGAGCACGGCAUUGUUACCAACUGGGACGACAUGGAGAAGAUUUGGCACCACACCUUCUACAACGAGCUGCGUGUCGCUCCCGAGGAGCACCCCGUUCUUCUCACUGAGGCGCCUUUGAACCCCAAGGCGAACAGGGAGAAGAUGACUCAAAUCAUGUUCGAGACCUUCAAUGCCCCCGCCUUCUACGUUUCCAUUCAGGCCGUCUUGUCUCUGUACGCGUCCGGUCGUACAACUGGUAUCGUGCUCGACUCUGGUGAUGGUGUUACCCACACUGUUCCCAUCUACGAAGGUUACUCCUUGCCUCACGCUAUUCUGCGUCUUGACCUUGCUGGUCGUGACCUCACGGAGCACUUGGUCAAGAUCCUCAUGGAGCGCGGUUACCCCUUCACCACUACUGCCGAGCGCGAAAUCGUUCGAGACAUCAAGGAGAAGCUUUGCUACGUCGCCUUGGACUUUGAGCAGGAGAUGCAGACUGCUUCUCAAUCCUCUGCACUGGAGAAGAGCUACGAGCUGCCAGAUGGUCAGGUCAUCACCAUCGGAAACGAGCGUUUCCGCGCUCCCGAGGCCCUCUUCCAACCCAGCUUCCUGGGUCUUGAAGCCAGCGGUAUCCACGAGACCACUUACAACUCCAUCAUGAAGUGCGAUCUGGACAUCAGAAAGGACCUGUACGGCAACAUUGUCAUGUCCGGAGGUACGACCAUGUACGCGGGCAUUUCGGACCGUAUGCAAAAGGAGAUUACGGCGCUUGCGCCGAGCAGCAUGAAGGUCAAGAUUGUCGCCCCUCCGGAGCGCAAGUACUCUGUGUGGAUCGGCGGUUCAAUCUUGGCUUCUCUUUCCACCUUCCAACAGAUGUGGAUCUCGAAGCAGGAGUACGACGAGGCUGGUCCCAGCAUCGUGCACAGAAAGUGCUUCUAA